AUGAAUCCAGCCCCUUGUUACAUUGGUGUAUGCAUGGCUGCCACACUAUGUGGAAGUGCCUUCUGCGCGGGAGAAGAGCUGAAGCAAAUCCCGUUCGGUCCUGGCGGCUCCACCGCUCUGCUGUCUGCAUUCCAAGGGAAAUCUGACUUCAAAAUCCGCGUUCACGCUCCAGAGGAAGACACUGAGGAUGUACUGGAAGCCUUGGACUCGCUGUUGAGGAUCGAACAGGCAGAACGAAGAGCUGACGAAGACGAUUACGUGUCUGAAAAGCAGAGACUUCUGAAUAUUCAGAAGAACCGCAUUCGAGAUAUCGUCCAGGCAGCAUUCGAACCGAUUCAUGCGAUGAUCCCGAACCCUGUCAGGGCGGAAGUUGAACGAAGUAAGCUUAUGUGUUGA